GGGAAACUGGAAAUGUGAAGCUUUUCAACAGACACAGCCACGGCUUAAAGAGUGGGGAUUGCCUAAGAUAGAUUCUUCUAGAGACAAACCUGUAGCCACUGCAAUCAUUUCAAAUCAACAGGGGAAAUGUACGGACAUACGUGGGUCUCAGUCAGGGCUGAGAUUUUCUCUGUUUGACCCAAAUCUGAGGCUGAGUUAUGGGGAGACUACGGUUUGACUUGGACUGCUGAGGUACUUGUGCCACUUGAAAGCAGAGACAGAAUGGGAAGUCUAAAGAAUGAGAUGAGCGGUCUCAGAGAGGACCAGCAGACAAAGUCCGAAGAUGGAGAACAUCCAGGGGGCUCAAACGACAGCGCCGUGCCUGAGGGACCUCAGACAAACACAUGUCAAGAGUCAACAACUCAAGACGACCAUCAACCAAAACUGCAAAUGAAUGCCAGCCACACUGAAGAGGGAGGGAAGAGCCCAACAUCCAAAGAUCAAGUGCUACCAGGCGAGGCAAGUGACAACUCAGAUUCUAUCCAAGUUAAAGACUUAACACAGACUGCGACACAACAGCCUGAAGCUACACAUAACAACAUGGCAAUCAGUACUAAGUUCUUGAAUAAUGGUGCUGGAUGUGCUGAAAUUCAGGACAAAGAAAAAGAGAAGGAAAUGGAGAGCGUCUUGGUGCCUGUGUCAACAACUGCAGACCCUUCCAACCCCCUUUCUCCUGACCCCCGUUCACCUGCUCCUUUUGGGCAGCACCACAUGCGCACACAGGUGAGCCUGGAGGUGGUUCAGUGUCGCUCUGCAGCCACCAGCCCUAUGACUCCUCCUGAGGGCGGCCACUCCUUCUUCUUUCCAAGCUCUUUUGGGGGAUCUGGAUCAUCUAAAGAUGCCGAGCUACAGGUGGGACAGCAGGUGGAGUUCUGUUCGGUUGCCACCUCCCCGAUGACUCCAAAGACACCAUCGACCACUGCUUUCCCAGUGCUGGUUGGUAGGGAUAUGUUACAGAGACAGGGACAAGUGAAAGGGUGUGAGGAGCGGAGGGAGAGUGGCCUACAAGAAACAAGACGUCAGACAGAAGCUGAGUCAGAGAAAACUGGAGACAUGAAAUGUACCACAUCAAAGGAGCUCACUGAAGGCUCCAGCUCAAGUGCAGCUCAAGUGAGCGGCACAGCUGCUGGGUUAACAGAGUCGCAAGUAACUCGGGAGGGUCAGCAGCGGAGGAUGGGAAGUAUGGAUCAGGACAUUACAAUCCUGGUGACCCAUUAUGAUAACAAUGAUGAAGGCGGUGAAGAGAAGUCAGAGCUGUCUCUUUAUUCCAUCGAGCCAGAGAUGGUCAAGAUCGAUGAAUAUGAAGAACCCAGUGAAAAUAAGACUGAUGAGAUGAGAUGGGAUGGAAAGACAAAGAUAUCCACGGAAACAGUCCAUCUCGAUCAGGCACAGGAUACAAAUCCUCUCCAAAAAGAAACUGCAGAAUCGUCAGUUCCUGCCAGCGGACGACCAAUCACCAAAAUACAAUCUGACAAUUCAAAAGGCAGAGAAAACAGACUUGUCUCUGAAGAGUCAAAUAAUAUAUCCAUAACAAAACACUCUGUCCCUGAAUCUCCAGCUCCCUUCGGCUGCCACAACAUGCGCACACAGGUGAGCCUGGAGGUGGUGCAGUGUCAGUCUGCAGCUACCAGCCCCAUGACUCCACCUGAGGGAGACCAUGCCUUCUACUUCCCAAGUUCCUUUGGGAAAUGUGAUGCUGUGGGAGCACAAACUAAAGAUGCUGAGCUGCAGGUGGGUCAACAGGUGGAGUUUCGUUCUGUCGCUACAGCGCCCAUGACCCCAAGAACGCCCAUCACCACAACCUUUCCUGAGAUUAGGAAGGAGGCUAGCAUAGAGGAGAAGAUAGUGGAGGAAAAGUCUGAAACCGAGCAGGGUAAGAAACACAAAGAAGACGUAGUUGAAGAGGAGAAGAAGAAAAAAGGCGAAGCAUCCAAAGAGAACAAAAUAGAAACAAUAAACUGUAAGGAGAAAGGUGAGGAGAAAGGUGAGGAGCCAGUGCAGGAGGUGAGCUGGGACGACAAAGGGAUGACCUGGGAGGUGUACGGGGCGGUGGUGGAGGUAUCUGUGCUGGGAACAGCCAUCCAGAAACACCUGGAGAAACAGGUGAAGAAGCAGAAGAUCCAGCCCUCACUGCCACCCCCUCCUCCUCUCAACCCCUUGGCCACGCCUCUCACCUCCGAGGUCACCCAGGGGUGUUCGGGGUCGGGUAAAGGCCGGGCCGGGAAGAGAAGUGAACGGGACGGGAAGGUGAGCAGACGCAGGAGAAACCCCUUCCGUCUGCUGAUGGAGAACGUGCAGCAGCCACACUGCUGCUCCAAAGCUCACACCACCGAGUGACACAC